AUGGCGCCUACAUACAGCAUGCCAUACAAUCCCGCUGAUUACGUCGCUUCCGAAGCACUACUUCCUGAGGAAUUCUUCGGUUAUGCCGACAUCCCAACUCUAGUGAAGAUUCACGAGGUUCUGUGCAAUAGCGAAACACAGGAUGACGUCGAGCUCGCUACAUGGAUACAGGAAAGAUACCUCAGCGCCCCCAGAAACGCGUCGUUGACAGAACCGAUGCGUACCGCACAGGAAUUCAGCAGAUUGGACAGGGCUUACCGUAGGGUGCGGUCUCUCAGUGGCAAAACCCAGGACAAAUGGCCAAUCCUCGACUUACAUUUCAAGGAGAUGUCAUCAGCUAUGGUUCGAAAUAACGCGCGCGGUGAAGCCGCUCCCGGAGUCAUGUUCCCAAUUGACGGAUUGCAGAAGAAAGCUUGUCUAGCUGGGCAGCCGCCCCACGGGUUUGUCACACCUGAUGCUUCUUCACAGAGCAACCAGCAGGAGACACAUCUCGCCUCAAAAUCGGAUAGUCAUGCAAUGUCUCAGACCGAGCCACCCCCAUCAGGCUUGCCUAAAACCGAGGAAGCUCUUGGCCAGACCUCACCUAACGACAAGAGUGGCGCUCUUCUAUCAAAUCCCAUAGGCGGUACCGUAUCGCGCAACAUCAGCUCCAACCCCAGUGAGGAUUUGCAGGCAGAGUCGGAAGUACGAGAUGCGGGCGCGGGUAAGGUUCGCGGCCCAAAUGGACGCUACCUACCCAAGGACGAUGUCGAGCCCGAGACCAAAAAAGCUAAGAAGCCGAAGAAGGCAGUCAAGCCCCGUACGGGCUUGAGAAAUAUGAAGAAACAGGAAUCACCUGCACUAAACACAGUCGGCGAAAAAACCGAGACUGCACCAGCCCAAGAUGAAGAUCUGAUGGCAGAUGUCCAGCCGCCUUCGCCUCCAGUGUCUAGCCAGAAGGCUGAGGAGAUGAAUGGAGUGGAAGAUGUCACAUCUGUCAAUCCAGCUUCUGACAUCGUCGUACCAUCCACGACUGAUCUGGCUACAUCCCCUACAGCCGUAAACGAGCAAGAGGCCGAGAUGGAGGAGGAAGUAGCGUCUGGCUCGGGAUCUGCCUCUGCGUAUCUUCUUGCAGCUGCGGCUGAUCCAGUACCGUCAAACUUGGACAAGCUACCUCCUAACUCUAGGAAGUCCAUCAAAAGGAAAAGUGAGCCAACUGCCACGUCUGGAGACCGUAAGCGGGGUAAACACGGCGGGAUAGUCGGCCGCCCAAGGAAGUCCGAGCAGCAAGAAAGCGACACAUCAGAUCAAGCGCCAGUUCAGCAAGAAGACGAGAACGUCACAAGGACAGAAGAUCCACCUCAGAUGGUAACGCGUCGAGCCACCCGACGCUCUGCAGCCGCAAACCUGAACGCUUCCGAAACCAACAAACCAGAUGCGACGUCAACGGCAAACUCUCCUAUAAAGGCACCAGUCGACCAGCCGCUCUCAACUUCGAAGAAGCCAUCGAAAUCCAAACGAAACCCAAGAAAAUCAUCCGCUCCUGACGAAGACGAGGUUAUGAGUGGGACCGAAGAUCGCGAAACGGCUAGUCGUGAGGAAACUCUUAAGCCUACUCCCAUUGUUAGAGAAGCCAGCUCUACGCCUUCCUAUGCUUUGGGAAGCGUUGCGCCCUCGCAGCUUCCGGAUAAUCAUUUCUUGAGCAUCGGUAUUAGCAGAACCAGCUCCCCCGCCCUUCAUCCUCAGCCGUCUUCGCACCAGCCCUAUCAAUCACCUUACCAGGCGGUGCCGCCAACGCCACCACCUACAGUUGUUGCAAAAAGGCCCCUCGUUAACGGUACAACAUCUACUUAUCCGCCAGGUCACGUGGAAUAUUUCGCUCGCAUCACUACAAGCAACGGCAGUACAAUGGACUUACCGAUCGAAGAGAGCCAAAUCGAGAGAAAAGAGAUGGAGACGAUCAAGAGAUAUGCCGAGUAUAACGCUGUACCCAACGCGGUGCCAGUAUUGUAUCCUCAGUUCCGGCAGAUCUGGGCUUUUGCGAAACAGGGUUGA